AUGGAAAAUGCUGAUCUGAUUGAUUUUUUCUACACCAUGAACUAUCCUUUGGAUUUGGAACUUCCUUGGGUGGAAAAAUACAGGCCUACUAAAUUGGACGAUGUGGUGGGCAAUAAGGAAACUGUUGAAUCGCUGAAGAGGAUUGCAGAGGAGGGAAACAUGCCUCAUCUAAUCAUAUCGGGUCUGCCUGGUAUCGGAAAGACUACCUCUGUGUUGUGCCUUGCACAUGAGCUUCUUGGAGAUCAGUUUCGCGACGCUGUACUGGAAUUGAACGCGUCUGAUGACCGUGGUAUUGAGGUGGUCCGCAAUAAAAUUAAACAGUUCGCUCAGAAAAAAGUCCAACUUCCACCAGGAAGACACAAAAUCGUAAUUCUGGACGAGGCAGACUCAAUGACUCCUGGAGCACAGCAAGCUCUCCGGCGCACCAUGGAAAUUUACUCCAACACCACCCGUUUCGCAUUUGCUUGCAACCAAUCAAGCAAGAUCAUCGAGCCAUUGCAAAGUAGAUGUGCCAUUUUACGUUACAAUAAGCUCGAAGAUGAGGAGAUAUUAAGAAAUCUACUGCACAUAAUAAAGCAGGAAAAGAUUGAAUACACCAAUGACGGCCUGGAAGCACUAAUAUUUACGGCCGAAGGUGAUAUGAGACAGGCAAUCAAUAAUCUACAGAGUACAUUCUACGGCUUCAAUUUCGUGAACUCGGAAAAUGUUUACCGAAUUGUCGACUCUCCACAUCCCCUAGUGAUCUCCAAAAUGCUCAGGAGUUGUAUUCGGGGCGAUUUCGAAGGCAGUCUCGACAUUCUACGGUCGCUGUGGGCAAAAGGGUAUUCUGCGAUCGAUAUUGUCAGCACUAGUUUUAAAGUUCUCAAGUCCAUGUACGACAUUGAAGAGGAUAAACGGCUGGAAGUGAUUCGCAUCGUUGGUUUUACCCACAUGCGUGUUCUGGAAGGAGUUUCUACCUACCUACAGUUGAGUUGCAUGCUGGCCAAAAUUUUGGAGCUAAACAAGGAACUGAAAAUAGAUACGUAA